CAGGUGUGCGGGUGAAGCCCCGGCGCGCUGAGACCCGCCCCGCGACUCCGCGCCCCGCCCAUAGCCGCAGCGAGGGUGCGCAAGCGGCGCCCGCCGUUUACGACGGGCCGGAAAGCAGUGGCCGUAGCCAGCGCUGGCUGAGCCGGGUCGCUAUGGGGAAAAUCGCGCUGCAGCUCAAAGCCACGCUGGAGAAUGUCACCAACCUCCGGCCAGUGGGCGAGGACUUCCGGUGGUACCUGAAGAUGAAAUGUGGCAACUGUGGUGAGAUUCCAGAGAAGUGGCAGUACAUUCGGCUGAUGGACAACGUGGCACUGAAGGGAGGCCGUGGCAGUGCCUCCAUGGUCCAGAAGUGCAAGCUGUGUUCAAGGGAAAACUCCAUUGAGAUUUUGAGCAGCACCAUCAAACCUUACAAUGCCGAAGACAACGAGAAGUUCAAGACGAUAGUGGAGUUUGAGUGCCGAGGACUUGAACCAGUCGAUUUCCAGCCCCAGGCUGGGUUUGCUGUUGAGGGUGUGGAAUCCGGGACAGUCUUCAGUGACAUUAGUCUGCAGGAAAAGGACUGGACUGACUAUGACGAAAAGGCUCAGGAGUCUGUGGGAAUCUACGAGGUCACCCACCAGUUUGUGAAGUCCUGAACCCUCUUCCUGCACACUUACCUCUAAGAACUGAAAAGGGACAAUGUGCCCCAAGCAGCACAGUGCAGAGGCUGGUCCCCUCAUGUCUCGUCUCCUGGCAGCUGUUCAGGCCCUCACAGCCUGCGUGCUGGGCUGUCACAGCUUCCCGAGCCCCACCAAUAAAGCCCCUGUUUGUGCUACA